AUCUUUGCAUUCUGAAGAAUAUCCACACACUGAAGUUGAUACGCUUUUCAUAAGAGAAUAAUAAAUAAGAAAUUUUGUUUCAAUUUUUUUUUAUUUUUGGUAUUUAUUACUAUUUCCCCCUCUUUGUUUCAGCUUUCUGUCUUUUAAAGUUUGGGAUAAUGCUGGGAAUGAAGCAGAUUUAUGCUAAAGGGUGUUGUUUGUUUUUAUGUUUUUGAAAAGCCUUUGAUGUUUUUGUAUGGCUUAUGCUUUAUUCUGAACUCCAGCCUGAGAAAUAUUUGAAGCAAAUGAAUAAUUUUUUUUAUUUCACCAAUUUUUUUUCAUAAUUAUUUUAGCCAAAUAGGGAUUGUUUUUUUUUUUUUUUUUUUUAAUUUUUUUUAUAAUUGUACUAUUUUACUCAUUUUCGUUAUUUUGCUUUUAGUGGCUAAUAUUAUUUUUUUUCUUUUUCAUCUCUUGUUAAGAGGUAAAUUUCUGGUUCCUGUGAUGAAGAAAAAACCCAAAAACUUAUCUUUGAUAGAAAACAACUGCAUUUCUUGUUAUGAUUCUCUACUUACUCUGAACCCGAAGUGAUGAAAUCCUUUUUAAUUUUUUUUUUCCAUUGUUGCAAAGCUAAAGUCCCUAAUGGAUCUCUGCUGAUAAAGUGAAGCAGCUUCUUGUGUGAAACUAAAAUUUGCAUCUUUGUUUACCUUGUUACUUGUCGGUGAGAUCCUUAGAUGGGUUUUCACUGUGCUUUUGUUACAUGCUGUAGAAGGUGUUGGUUUGGUAAUAUAGGCCUUGGAGUGAAAAUUCAAUAUUUGUAUGGAAGCCAGAGAAGGUAUUAGUUCUGGGGUUACAGUGAUAGGUGCAGAAGCUCCAUCAGCUUACCAUGUGGCGCCAAGGAGUGAAGCUCCAAACCAGGUUCAUGUCCCUGAUGGUGGUGGUGCUGCUGCUACAGCUGCACCUGUUGGUGUCUCACCUGUGAGUGCGGGGUUGGAUGGAACAGCAGUUAAGAAGAAACGGGGUAGGCCGAGGAAAUAUGGGCCUGAUGGGUCAGUCACUAUGGCAUUGUCACCAAUGCCAAUUUCGUCGUCGGCUCCGCCUUCUAAUGACUUUUCCUCCGGGAAGCGGGGGAAAAUGCGGGGGAUGGACUAUAAGCCAUCAAAAAAAGUUGGUUUGGAUUAUCUAGGUGACUUGAAUGCAUGCUCUGAUGGUACAAAUUUUAUGCCGCAUAUCAUCACUGUCAAUGCUGGCGAGGACAUCACGAUGAAGGUGAUAUCCUUUUCUCAACAAGGACCACGAGCUAUAUGUAUCUUAUCUGCUAAUGGUGUGAUUUCAAAUGUUACACUUCGUCAGCCUGAUUCUUCUGGGGGUACUUUAACUUAUGAGGGCCGUUUUGAGAUACUUUCCUUGUCUGGAUCAUUCAUGCCUACUGAUAACCAAGGAACAAGAAGCAGGACUGGUGGAAUGUCGGUCUCGUUGGCUAGCCCUGAUGGCCGUGUUGUAGGUGGCGGAGUUGCUGGUCUUCUUGUAGCUGCCAGCCCUGUGCAGGUGGUGGUGGGAAGCUUUUUACCAAGCAGCCAGCAAGAACAGAAAAUAAAGAAGUCAAAGUCUAGCGAUUAUGGAGUAGCAACUGUUACUCCAACCAUUGCAGUGUCUCCUACACCACCACCUCCAACCAAUGCCGAAAAAGAGGAUGUGAAUGUUAUGGGUGGAGCACAUGUACUGCAAAAUUCUGGAACCCUCAACUCUAACCUCACUCCUCCCAAUGCCUUUAGAAGAGACAACUGGGUCAACAUGCACUCUAUGCCAGACUCAAGAAAGUCAGCCACUGAUAUUAACAUAUCUUUGCCUGAUAGUUAAGUUGAUGUU